AUGGAGAUGAAAGACUUUGAACAUAGUGUCCCCGCCCCUGCCCUUGGUCAGGGCUGACAGCUAUUUCCUCCUUUAGCUCACUCCCCUCCUGCCACUCCUGGUGCUCAGUCCUGCUGCUUUCAGAAGCUGCUACCCUGCUCAACCCUGUGCUCACUGUGUGGCUCGGUAAGGAGGCAGCCUUCCAGGGGCUGGGCAGCCUUGGUGGGCUCUCAGGACUACACAGAGGGCUACUCCUAGUUAGAAUGACAAGGGGAUAAGCUUAGAAGCCUGGUGAAGCCUGACGCCCAGAAGGAAGGACAGUGUUUUCCUGGGGGCUAGCUAGGUGGUAGACCCAAUGUGUGAGCCAUUCAAUCAUGGCCACAGUGCCACCUCAGGAGAGGGGACAUGAUCACUCUGUGAGCUUAGAGAAACUGACAAGUUCACCCAUCUGGAGGCUGGGUUCAAGCUCAGGGUGUUGGAAAGCUGGGGUUCCCACUAUAACAGGAUUGUAGCUGCUUGAGUGCCCCAAGAUCCUGAGUCUUGAAGCUGUCUUCAUGCAGCCUGAGGGAUAGGAACCGGUGGUUCCAAAAAGUGCAGGAGCACUGGCAUCCCACAUGAUACUGACAGUGCAGCUCAAGGGAUGUCUCAAGGCAGAAAGAAUGGCCCUGUCUGCUGGAAGGAAAAUAGUCUCCCUCCACAGCACUGGUCCAGCUUCUGUGCUUCUCUGAACUCCAGUUUCUUCUUCUGAAAAGCUAUGCUUAUUGGAUUAAUGUGAGUAUAACCGCUCUGCAGAUGCUAAAGCUAAAACAGUGGGAUCUGUAGGAAUUCAUAGAAAUCACAGACAUCAGAUGUGCCUGGUCCCUUUGACCUAGCUCCAAGAGGUAUUUUGUGAGGGAUAUUCUAGGUUGGUGUCCCAGAGCUCAACCCUACGAAGAUCAGUGGUUUCUGGAAGGGAGUAGAUUUUUCCAUUCUGGCCACUGUUUCUGUUAGAAUGAGGAGUUCUGAGGUCUCUGGCAACCUAUUUCCUUCUCUUCUUCUAUCAUCCCACUUUUGAAGCUAGACAGCAGCCCGAGGACUGAACAAUCCCCCUUCCACAUGGCUGUGUUGAGUGGCUCAACAAACACUUUAAACACAUGUGCCUCAGUUUUCUCAUCUGUACAAUGGGAUGGAGAGAGUACUGGCAUAUUUCUCCCAGAGCCGCAAGAAAGAACAUCUAUUACAGGAUCUACCACAGUACCUGGAGGGGUGUGGGUGCCUGGCCCAGCCUGAGUCCCCACACCCUGCUUUCAUUUCCUCUCUGCUGCAGGGAGUAUACAAUGUGAUUCCCUUAGGCCUCCCUGACCCCAGCUUUGUUACAGGGUCCUGGGGUUCUCCAUGAGGCUGUGAGCAUUCAGAGAUCCUGGCUUUUUCAGAGCUCCUUAGUUGUCGCCUAUCGUCCCUAUUGGCCCAGGGUGUGGAGGAAGGGCCAGCUCCCCUGAUCUCAAUCAACCAGCACAGCCAAGCAGACACGUCCGAUGCUGACCACUGCUCGCUAGGAGGAACUGCAGAGAGCUACAGGCUUCUGGUUCCUGGGUGCCAGGUUCAGCUCUCCUUUCUUCCACCUGGCCAUGGCCAACAUCACACUGAAGCCGCUCUGUCCACUCUUGGAGGAGAUGGUCCAGCUUCCAAACCACAGCAACUCUAGCCUCCGCUAUAUUGACCACGUGUCGGUGCUGUUGCACGGGCUGGCCUCCCUGCUGGGCCUGGUGGAAAACGGACUCAUCCUGUUUGUGGUGGGCUGUCGCAUGCGCCAGACGGUGGUCACUACCUGGGUGCUGCACCUGGCGCUGUCCGACUUGUUAGCCGCUGCCUCUCUGCCUUUCUUCACCUACUUUCUGGCAGUGGGCCACUCGUGGGAACUGGGCACCACUUUCUGCAAGCUACAUUCCUCGGUCUUCUUCCUCAACAUGUUUGCCAGCGGCUUCCUGCUCAGCGCCAUCAGCCUGGAUCGCUGCCUGCAGGUGGUGAGGCCAGUGUGGGCACAGAACCACCGCACGGUGGCGGCCGCGCACAGAGUCUGCCUGAUGCUCUGGGCUCUGGCGGUGCUCAACACAGUACCCUAUUUCGUGUUCAGGGACACCAUCCCGCGGCGUGAUGGCCGCAUCAUGUGCUAUUACAACAUGCUGCUCUUGAAUCCAGGGUCUGACCGCGACACCACGUGCGACUACCGUCAGAAGGCCCUGGCGGUCAGCAAGUUCCUGUUGGCCUUCAUGGUACCUCUGGCCAUCAUCGCCUCGAGCCACGUGGCUGUGAGCCUACAACUGCAUCACCGUGGUCGCCAGAGGACAGGCCGUUUCGUGCGUCUGGUGGCAGCCAUAGUGGUGGCCUUCAUACUCUGCUGGGGGCCCUACCACAUCUUCAGUCUGUUGGAGGCGCGUGCCCAUUCUGUCACCACGCUACGGCAGCUCGCGUCACGUGGGCUGCCCUUUGUCACCAGCCUGGCCUUCUUCAACAGCGUGGUCAACCCACUACUCUAUGUGCUCACUUGUCCCGACAUGUUGCACAAGCUGAGGCGCUCGCUACUCACGGUGCUUGAAAGCGUGCUGGUGGAGGACAGCGACCUGAGUACUGGGCCCGGCAAGCGCUGUCGCCGCCGCCAUCGCCGCCGCGCCUCCUCCACCACCACCCCAGCCUCUACCUUACUGCUGGCUGACCGAUUUCCCCAACUGCGUCCUGCUCGCUUAAUCGGCUGGAUGAGGCGUGGCAGUGCAGAGCUCCCACGGAGGGUCCGAGAGCAGUCCCAGGAGAAGCAGGGCUCAUUGAGCUGUACUUUGGAUUAGAUGGGCACAGCCCAGAAGCUGUGCCAACACAUCCCAGGCCUCUCCCAUACCCAGUUGAAAAAGUACAUAGCCAAUGCCAGGCCCAGGUCGUAGCUUACUGGGUAGGGUCCAGGAAACCAGCUUGUGGAAGUGCCCUGGGCAAGGAGCAAUCCUUCCUAAACACUUUAAUCUUGCAAUGUGGAACUGGGAGAGCAGCAGGAAUGCAAAAGUAGCCUUUAGAGGUGCUACCUGGUUCCUGACUCCAGGUUUCUACACUUAAAGAAUCCAAGUACUUAAUUGCCUAGGGAUUUGCUAGGGUAACUGAUGAGGGUUGGGUAAAGAUUUUGUACUUCUAUUACCUUCCUGGUAGCUGGCCCAAGGCAAUUGGGAUUGAGGUUAAGCUCAGAGCCCGCAUCUCUUAAGGCCCUGCUUUGUGAAUGGAGACUGCCAAUUAGCACUGUUUAUGGGAGUCAGUGAGAGGAAAAGGGUUGAGAAGCAGUUUACAGCCAACGGCCUUCACUUUUAACCCCCCAUUUAGCCUGAGACCGAUGCUUUAACCACACCUUGCUAUCCAGCUUGUUAGCCAUAUUGGUGUCAACUCCCACUCAAGAUCUUCACUGCCCAGUUUUAGAGCUGUCGCUGCUGCCAGAAGCUGCACUCUAGCCUUCAGUUAUCAUUGGAUCAAUUCUAUCCAGAGAACAACCUUCCCCUAUUAACUGCCUCACAGGGAGACGGCCUGGCAGCUCUCACUUCUAACCUACAGGUAGGAGGGCAACUUGUAGUGGCCAUGGACCUUCCAUCACACAUCAGAUCUCCUCCUCACCAUAGACUGACUGCAGGGCAGCUGGCUGACUCAUUUUUACCUUCUAGGGGAAGGGGAGUUGAUGGAACAAGGACGGGUAUUCUCAGGAUCUCCUGAACCAUUUAAGGCCAGGCUGGUUGUCAGCUCUGUGUGCUUCUCAAACCAGAGAGUAAAAUGUCACCAAGUCUCGUCUGUUUUACUCAGCA